CAAAAUGGCGGAACCGCCGAGCCCAGUGCACGGCGCUGCUGCCGCCGCCACGGUCUUGGGGAAAGAACCAUUUGGCAAGCUGCAGACCGCCUCCCGGGACCCACCGGGUCCUCUGUCCGCCAAGAAGGUCCGGACUGAGGAGAAGAAGGCGCCGCGGAGACUAAAUGGAGAAGGGGGCAGCGGCGGGAACAGCAGGCAGCUACAACCGCCGGUGGCACCUUCGCCUCAGAGCUACAGCAGUCCCGCGCCUUGGAGCUUCGCCUCUCUGUCUGCUGCCCCGUCCCCGCCCUCUGCUCGGAGCAGUUUCUCUUUCCCCACUAGUACAGCCGCGCCGUCUUCAGCCUCUGCUUCCUCGUCCCAGCCGGUGCCGCGCAAACUGCUGGUACCUCCUACGCUGUUGCACGCUCAGCCUCACCCUCUCCUGCCGGCCGCCGCCUCCUCGGCCAACGCCAAGCCGCGCAGAACCAAGGAGAAGCGAGAGAAGGAAAGGAGGAGGCACGGCCUUGGCGGGGCGGGCGAGGCCUGCGGGUCCGCCCGGGAGGAGAACGGGGAGGUGAAGCCGCAGUCGCGAGAUAAACUCAAAGACAAAAUUAAAGAGAGAGAUAAGGAAAAAGAGAGAGAGAAAAAGAAGCAUAAAACAAUGAAUGAGAUCAAGAAAGAAAAUGGAGAAGUAAAGAUGUUACUGAAAAGUGGGAAGGAGAAACCAAAAACAAAUGUAGAAGACUUACAAAUUAAAAAGGUAAAGAAGAAAAAGAAAAAGAAACACAAAGAGAAUGAAAAACGGAAGCGUCCAAAAAUGUAUAGCAAAUCUAUUCAAACCAUCUGCUCAGGAUUGCUAUCUGAUGUUGAAGAUCAAGAAGCCAAAGGCAUCCUAAAUGAUAACAUAAAGGAUUACAGUAGAAAGAAUUUGGAUACCAAGAACUGUGAUUCCAAAAUUCCAGAGAACAGUGAAUUUCCAUUUGUCUCAUUAAAGGAGCCACGGGUUCAGAAUCUCAAAAGGCUGGACACUUUGGAGUUCAAACAGCUCAUUCAUAUUGAGCACCAGCCUAAUGGAGGCGCAUCAGUUAUCCAUGCCUACAGUAAUGAACUCACCCACCUGUCUCCUGUGGAGAUGGAGAGGUUUGCAGAAGAGUUUGUGGGUCUAGUAUUCAGUGAAAAUGAGAACUCUGCAGCUUUCUAUGUAAUGGGUAUUGUUCAUGGGGCAGCUGCUUAUUUACCUGACUUUUUAGACUACUUUUCAUUCAAUUUUCCCAAUUCGCCAGUGAAAAUGGAGAUUUUGGGAAAGAAAGAUAUAGAGACAACAACUAUGUCCAAUUUUCAUGCUCAGGUAAAAAGAACGUAUUCUCACGGUACUUACAGAGCUGGCCCAAUGCGACAAAUCAGCUUGGUGGGAGCAGUUGAUGAAGAAGUGGGAGAUUACUUCCCUGAGUUCCUUGACAUGUUGGAAGAUUCACCAUUUUUAAAGUGUACACUGCCAUGGGGGACACUAUCUAGUCUAAAAUUAGACAGUCGAAAAGAUAGUGAUGAUGGUCCCAUCAUGUGGGUACGCCCAGGAGAACAAAUGAUCCCUGUGGCUGAUAUGCCAAAGUCACCUUUCAAAAGGAAAAGAACUACCAAUGAAAUAAAAAACCUGCAGUACCUACCUCGAACUAGUGAGCCCCGUGAGAUGCUCUUUGAAGACAGGACAAGAGCUCAUGCAGAUCAUAUAGGACAAGGUUUUGAACGACAGACUACAGCUGCUGUUGGAGUGUUGAAGGCUGUGCACUGUGGAGAGUGGCUUGAUCAACCCCGAAUAACCAAAGAUGUCAUUUGUUUUCAUGCUGAAGAUUUCUUAGAAGUAGUUCAACGAAUGCAGUUAGAUUUACAUGAACCUCCACUGUCCCAGUGUGUCCAGUGGGUCGAUGAUGCAAAACUUAAUCAACUGAGAAGGGAAGGCAUUCGCUAUGCCAGGAUUCAGCUGUAUGAUAAUGACAUUUAUUUUAUUCCAAGGAAUGUUGUUCAUCAGUUCAAGACAGUUUCAGCUGUAUGCAGUUUAGCGUGGCACAUUCGGCUCAAGUUAUAUCACUCAGAGGAGGACACUGCUCAGAAUACAGCUACUAAUGAAACAGGCACAUCACCAGAUUCCACAUCAUCAGUUCUUGGACCUCACACUGACAACAUGAAUUGUGCUAUAAGCAAAACCUCUUUGGAGUCUAUUUUUUCAGACAAACUUCAUUCUAAAUAUGAAGUACAACAGAUUAAACAUGAACCUGUUGCAUCUGUAAGAAUCAGUGAAGAACCUGUGAAUGUUUAUGUUUCUGAAAAGACUAGAGCACCGAAUAAUAUGGAUGGCAAGAAUGUUAAAGCAAAAUUGGAUCAUGUUCAAUUUACAGAAUUUAAGAUUGAUGUGGACUCCAAAUUUGAAAAUAGCAACAAAGAUUUAAAGGAGGAAUUAUGUCCUGAAAGUCUCUUAAGUCUGGUUGAUACAAGGCAACAUAGUUCAGUACAUUCAAAUCAAGAUAGAAAAGAUGAUGAUGUUUUGUGCUAAAUAUGUACAUACCAUUUAAAAUCCUUUUUUUGGCGGGAAAAAAAUUUUUAAUAAUGUAAUAAAGAUUCAUGAAUUAUAAAAAGCAAGCCAAGGACUUGCUCCCAAGUCUGUUACAAAAUAUAGUUUAUGUAGCUUUGUAACAUUCCUCAGUGCCUGUCCAUAACUGUGAAGUAUCAAAGCACUUAAGGCCAGAUGCACUGUAAACAUUGCAGGUUUAAACAAAUGGAGUCUUUAAAAUGUCAUUUGAGUUGGAGUUGUAGGUUUUAGAAUAGAGCUGACAUUAACAUAUAUAUCUAUAUAUUUUGUAAUAUGAGCCAGAAUUCUCUUUCAACAACUUAAGGCUUUUCCAUAGAGCUUAUUUAUAUCAAUUUUUUUUUCAUUUUAAAUGUGUCAGCACUGUAGUGUAAAUAGCUUAAAAUUUUUUUAGUAUGAUUUAUAUUGAAAUGUGAGUCACUUAAUAAAGGUUCAUAAUAAAUAUGUUUUCUGUUGGGUGUGCAAA